AUGGCCUUCUCUGCUUCUGUGGCUGGCAGGGGAAAUUCGGGAGGAAGAAGGGGCAGAGGGCAGGCCCAGCUCUCCAACCCAAGCCCAAGGUCCAUAAAUGGAGGCAACUCGAUUGGGCUUAAGAGGGCAGCCCAAGAGUUGAAUGUUGGGUUGAGUAGAAGAGUCUGCUCCAGCAACCAGGAAGAUAGAAGGGCCGCCGACAAUGGGCCUGAAGGGGAACCCAAUUUUGGGAAUUUUAAUGGGCAAGGAAGCUGUGACCCAAUAUUGGAAAAUCCAGUCCCGCUGCAAGUACAGGAACCAACCCAUUCCUAUGGGCUAGGUAAUUUAUUUUGCGAUGAAAAUCCAGAAUUUUUAUUUGAAGAUUUGGAUGAAACUAACCCAUUUGGCUAUCAAGGAGAUAUGGGCUUUCUAAAUCUCGAGGCCCACUUACUAUCUUUAGAAUCUGCAGUGUCAUGUUCCGCGAUCGGGCCGGUCGAAAAUGGGAAAUCAAAAGGCAAGGCCAUCAUGAUUGAAUCCUCGGGAUCUCCUAUUGUCUACACUCGAAGAAAUGUGGGAAUAUGUAUCCAGGAACCAGAAGAAGGCGUGGUGGAUUCAGAUCCAAAAAACGUUCAAGAGAUAAGGGUGGAGUAA